AAAUCAAAACCGCUGGCGACGGCAGCGGUGCACGACGAUCGUCGGAGGUUUAUGUGAGGUCUAAGGGAGAUGGGAUUGACCAACUUCAUCCUCACGGUGGCCGGCGUCAGCGCCGUGGUCCUGCUGCUGAGGAGCGACGUCAAGCAGUCGGCGGUGAUCUUCCGGCGCAACGUCAAGCAGAUCCGGAACUGGCUGGAGGAAGAAUCGACCGCCGCUUCCAGGGAAGUUGAGAAGGGAGCCAAGGAGCUGGAAUCAAAAGUCUCUAAGAAGGAUGUCCCCAAGGAGGACAAGCACUAGUUGGUGCAUGUGGUCGUGAAGUUGCAUAUGAUAUAAGAGUUAGAUUAUCGCCUUUUUGUUUGAAUACUCUAUUAUUCAUCAUGAAUAAUCGUGGGUAGAGGAUGAAUAGUCGUCGUUCAUUUCCUUUGGAUCUACACAGGACAUAAAGGAAAUAUCAAUCUAGCGAAGUUCAGAAUUUCGGUUUGCAGUGGAUCCAUGUAGCUAGAGUUACGGUAACCAACAAUGGAAGCUCCUCAUAUGACCUCUGUUUUCACCAUUUGUAACCAUGCUGUUGAUAAUUUUUGCCGUCCCACUCUUUAUUAUGCUCCA